AUGGUAAUAGGUUUGGCGUUUGUCCCAAUCGAAGACACGGAUAAUACUCUAUUAUUAUUAUCUGAAAACUUACUGAAUGAUUUGCAACCACUUUUAGACUGGUUUGAGGACAACUACGUCGGAAGAAUGAAUCGGAGAGGUAAUGAACGAAGACAGCCUUUGUUUCCUCACGAAAUGUGGAAUGUCUACAACAGAACUUCAAACCAAAAAGACAGAACUAAUAAACAUGCUGAAGCAGCUCAUCGCCGACUUCAGACGGAAUUAGGUAUGGAUGACCCUACAAUCUGGAAGCUUAUUGACGGUUUAAAAAAAGUGCAAACCAAUCGUGACUUUUAUUAUGAACAACUUGUUGUUGGACACAAUCCACUGGUGAAAUUAAAGAUGUACAGGGAUGCCGAUCAACGUAUUUUAACGGUUGUUCGAGACUAUUAUAACAGAGACGUUGUCGAAUAUUUAAGAGGAAUUGCACAUAAUUACCAAAUGAGUUUACCUAUUAAUUAA